AUGACUUCUGUUUUCUCUUUGAUAUCAGCUGGAAGCAAGCCCGAGCCAAAGUUGGUCACUCAUAGAGGAUCAGAAAGAAGACACUUGAAGGAGAUGAUUUGGCAACUUUCACAAGAAAAAGAUAAUAACUUAAAUAUUAAUAACCGCUUGACAGUAGAAACAACGGCAGUUGUUGAUGCAAACCAACAGCUUAAUGAUGGUCUUUCCGAAAGAAAGAAGCAUUUACUAAAUCUCCAAAAAUACAUUCAAGAUAAUUCGGCAAAAUUAGAAACUUACAAGCAAGCUCAUAAAAAUGCUCAAUUCCGGCUUGAGCAGUUCAAAAAUCGUGCAUCGAAGGAAACGCAUGGCUUAGCUAUCGAAAAUCUUAAUAACGAAAUUGAACGCCUCGAGAAGUACAUCGAACACCUUAGAUCACAGGCCAAAAAGUGCAAUUAUAAGGUAGAACGAGAAACUCAAGUCAUUUCUAGAGUUAAAAACCUCAACGGCCUUUCAAAAGAAUUGAUAUCAAUGAAUAAAGAACUUACGGAUGAGGCAUAUCGUAUUAUUCUUAUGCUUGAAAGGUCUGGAAUAGUUUUGGAUCAAAAUUAUCAAUAUAUCCUCCGUAAAUUACAAAACCAAGUUGAAUCAUCUCAUAAAAUGAGAGUUUCAAUCUUUGGAGCACAUCCAGACAUGUUUGAUCGUGGUGAUAUGGACUUCGAAGAACUAGACAGACGUUUACAAGCAAUGGUUCCUUUAUUAGAAAAACGAGUUGGUCUUGGAUCCAGUCCAAACACAUUCCAAAACAGUAUAUUCAAUAUAUCCGACUCAGAAAUGUUCUUUUCAGAGCCAUAUACUCCAAGAUCUGACGAAGAAACCUUCAUUUCAACGGCAGAUUCAAGAUCAAGGUCAAGUUUCAGGGAAACACCAGCAUCAUCUGGUAGAUUCAAGACUCCAAAAGGCAAUCAAACAAAUAAAGACUUUUCAGAAAUCCUAAAUAAUCAGCAAUCCAAGCCACAGACAUCUCAAUCUUCAAGAAACAACAGUGGAAUAACUAACUCAAUGCAGAAACUCAGAGCAACUUACGUAAGACCUCAAAUUGCGAAUACAAAUAAGAUGAAUUCGCAUCCUGCAAACGCUCAUCAGCUUCCUCCAUCUGCUCGCCACGCACACUUCUCAACUGCAUCUGAUAACGGGCGCAGAAUAUCAGAUUCUGUUGAUGAUGACGGAGUUUUGCGUCCACCGACUAAGAAUCCACGUUCACAAUAUACAAAGAAGAAGUUAGAUGCUAAGAAAGAGCAAGAAAGCAACGCAGAAGGAAGUAAUCCAAUAAAUAAUUUUGAAGAAUUGAGCCAGCCAUCAAUGGAUGACAUGAAUCACGAUGAUAUCGAAGAGAUUCGUAAGAUGGCAAAGGAAAACAUGGCCAAAGCCCUUCAGCCACAAACCGAAAUGACUUAUAAUCCUCGUCGCAGCGGCAGAUCAUCUCGUAACAAGAAUGUGAACAAUAACAAGAUCAACGAAAUCUCUCCAUCUAUGGAAGCUCUCAAAAAUUCCGUCAACGAAGUCCUUGGUACAGAAAAUCAAAAUCCGGACAAAAGUGACAACAAAGUCAAAAGUGACAUUAAUGAUAAAGGUGACAUUAAUGACAAAAGUGACAAACUUAAUAAAGGUGACAUUGAUGGUAAAAGUGACAACCGAGUCAAAAGUGACAAACUUAAUAAAGGUGACAAAGAAGAUGAGUGUAAAAGUGACAAAAACUUAAAUGGCGAAAAUAAAGAGGAAGAUGGAGAUAAGAAUAAUUUUGAUGGUCUUGAUGAGAAAGAUUUAGAAAAUGUUGCAAUGAACAUUGACAGUAUCGAUGAUGAUGAAGCCGGAAUUACAUCAUCCAGAAAGAAAUUACAUGGAGAAGGAAAGAGAUCUGCAACAUCUUCAAGGAAAAGUCUUCAUGGAGAUGAUAAAAACAAAUCAGCAACAUCUUCAAAGAAGAACUUGAAUGAAAUAAAUGAUGCAAACAAAGAUAAUGAUAAUGAUAAAUUAUUGGAGAAAGAUAUGGCAGAAAAAGGAGAUAAAGAUGCUUUUUCGUCAAAGAAAGACUUAGAGAACAAAAACAAUAAAGAUGCUACAAAUUCAAAGAAAGAUCUAAAUAAUGGAUCAAAUUUGAAUGAUAAAGAUAAUAAUGAUUCAAAGAAAGAUUCUAAAACUUCUUCAAAAGAUCUUGGUACAGAAAACAAAGAAAAUGAAUCUGAAGUUAGUGCAGCUCUUAAAGAUGAUGCUGAUAAUGUUGUUUCUUCAAAGAAAGAUCUUAAUAAUGACGCAAACAAGUCAAAGAAAGAUAAAGAAAAUGAAGCCGUUAAAUCAAACAAAGAUCUUCAAAACAAAGAUGAUGCAGUUAAAUCUCAAAAAGAUCUCAACAACAAAGAAAACGAAAAUGACGCUGUUUCUUCGAAGAAAGAUCUUAAUAAUGACGCAAACAAGUCAAAGAAGGAUCUUCAAAAUAAUGAAAAUAAUGACGCAAACAAGUCAAAGAAAGAUCUUAAUGCUACAGAAAAAGAUGCUGUUAAAUCUAGCAAAGAUCUCCAGAACAAUGAAAAAGAAAAUGAAGCAAUUAAAUCUCAGAAGGAUUUGCAAAACAAAGAUGAUGCUAAUAAGUCAAAGAAAGAUCUCCAAGGCGAUGAAAAAGAGAAUGAAGCUGUUAAGUCAAAGAAAGAUCUUGAUAAUGACCAAAACAAGACAGAGAAAGAUAUUCAAAAUGAAAAAGACUUAGCAAAUAAAUCUAAUAAAGAUCUUCAAAACAACGAAAAAGAAGAAGGAAACAAAUCAAAGAAAGAUCUUCAAGACAUUGAAAAGGAAGAUAAUGCAAAUAAGUCUAAGAAAGAUCUGAAUAAUGAAGAUGCAAAGAAGUCAGAAAAAGAUCUUCAAAAUGCAAAAGAUGAUGCAAAUAAAUCAAAGAAAGAUCUCAAAGAUGAUCAAAAUGAUAUUAACAAAUCGAAUAAGGAUCUUCAAAACAAUGAAAAUGAUGAAGAAAACAAGUUAAAGAAGGAUCUGCAAAAUAAUGAAGAUGCAGUUAAAUCUCAAAAAGAUUUAAACAACAAAGACAAAGAUGCCAAUAUAUCAAAGAAAGAUCUUCAGAACAAAGAUGAAGAAGCUAUUAAAUCUAAUAAAGAUCUAAACAACAAAGAUAAAGAUGCCAAUAAGUCUCAGAAAGAUCUUCAAAAUAAUGAAAAUAAAGAAGGAAAUCAGUCAAAGAAAGACCUUGGAGUUAAAGGAGAUGAAGCAACUAAGUCAAAGAAAGAUCUCAAAGAAGGAAAUGAAGAAGAAAAUAGAUCCAAGAAAGAUCUAAAUAAUGAAGAAAAUAAUGCAUCUAAAUCUCAGAAAGAACUCAAAGAUGCUGCAAACAAAUCAAACAAAGACCUUGAAAAUGCUGGAAACAAAUCUCAGAAAGAUCUUAAUAACGCAGAAAAAUUAGAAAAUGGAGAUGAAUCAAAGAAAGACCUUCAAAACAAAGAUGAUGAUGAAUCAAAUAAUAAAGAUGCAACAUCAUCAAAGAAAGAAAUCAAUGCUGACAAAAACUCUGAUUUAUCUAAUAAAGACAAUGAAGGAAAGCAAAAUGAAAAUGAUAAAUCAAACAAAGAUCUUAACAAUAACAAAGAUGAUGAAACAAAUAAGUCAAAGAAAGAUCUUGAUGAUGCUUCUAAAUCAGAUAAGAGUUUGAAAGGAGAGUUAGUUGCAGCUAUUUCUCAGAAAGAUCCUCAAAAUAAAGAUGGAGAAAAAGAUCAGCAAACUGAUAAAUCUCAAAAAGAUCUUCAAAAUGGAGAAGAUGCUGUUAAAUCUCAAAAGGAUAUUGAUGGAAAAGAAAAAGAUUCAACAAAAUCACAGAAAGAUUUAUCAAACAAAUCUCAGAAAGAUCUUCAGGAUGAAGAAGAUAUGUUAAAGAAUGAUCUUGCUAACGAAGAUAAAGAUGCCAAAAAGUCACAAAAAGAUCUUUCUAAAGAUGAAGCAAACAAAUCACAGAAAGAUUUGGAUAACAAAGAAACAGAAAAAUCUCAAAAGGAUCUUCAAAACGGCGAAGAUGCUGUCAAAUCUCAAAAAGAUCUUAAUAACAAGGACAAAGAUGCUGAAAAAUCACAAAAGGAUUUGAGUAAUCAAUCAAAAGAUGAAUCAAAGAACAAUUUACAAGAUAAAGAUGCUACGAAAUCAAACAAAGAUCUUCAAAAUGAAGAAGAAUAUGCCAACAAAUCAAAGAAAGAUCUUAACAAUAAAGAUGAAACUAACAAAGAAGGUGGUGCUGAUAAGACAAACAAGGAUCUUAAUAAAGAAGAUGAAGAAAAUGCAGUUAAGUCACAAAAGAAUCUUUCUGAUAAAGAUGCAACUAAAUCAAAUAAAGAUCUUACAAAUGAAGAUGAAAAGAAAUCCCAGAAAGAUUUACAGAGUAAUGAAAAGGCUGCUGAUUCAUCCAAGAAAGAUUUACAAAAUAAUUCUGAAAAAGAUCUUCAAAACAAAUCUAAAGUUGAUGCAGAAAAAUCUGAAAAGGAUCUUCAGAAUCAGUCAAAUGAAAAGUCGCAGAAAGAAGGAGAUCAAUCGAAAUCUUCAAAGAAAGAUUUGCAAAAUAACGAACAAAAGAAGGAUUCUCAAGAAAAUGAAAAUUCAUCUAAGAAAGACUUGAGCAAUAAACCUGACUCAAAUGAGAAAUCACAAGAAGAUGCAAAGGAUUCGAAGAAGAAUUUAGUUGCAGAUGGAUCAAAUAAAGAAUUAGAAAACUCCAAGUCAGAUUCAAAGAAAGAUGAAGCAGAAUCAAAGAAUGAAAAUGAAAAAGAUAAAGCAAAUUCAUCGAAGAAAGAUCUUAUCAAAGAUGAUGAUAAAUCUAAUGAAAAUAAUUCAAAUGAAGAAUCAAUGAAGAAUUUAGAAAACAAAGAUUUAGACAAAUCCAAAGAAGAAGGAAAAGAAAACAAAGAUAUUGAAGAUAAAGGAAAAAUACCAUCAGAAGAAGCUCUUAUUGCUGCUGCUGUUUUAGGAACAGCUGCUGCAGUUGCUGCUUCUAAAUCAGAUAAAGAAAAAGAUGAAACUAAAUCCAACAAAGAUCUUCAAAGCAACAAAUCAGAUCAGGAUGAAAAAUCAAAUAAAGAUCUCCAAAACAAUAAUGAAAAUGCAGAUAAAUCCAAUAAAGAGCUUUCUAAAUUAGAAGAAAAUAACAAAGAUUCUCAAAACAAUGAAAAUGAAUCAAUUAAAUCGAACAAAGAUUUGAAAGAUUCUCAGAAAGAUCAAUCCAAGAAAGAUGAAAGUACAAAUAAAGAUGAUUCUAAAUCAGCUUUAGAUUCAAAGAAAGAUCUUGAAAAUGGUGAAAACUCAUCAAAGAAAGAUAUUUCUAAACAAAAUCAAAAUGAAAAAUCUGAAAAUGAAUCGAAGAAAGAUCUUUCUAAUCAAAACAAUGAUGAAAACAAAGAUAAGUCUAAACAAAACAAUGAAGAAGAAAAGUUAUCAAAUAAAGAUGAUUCUAAACCUGAAGAAAUAUCAUCAAAGAAAGAUCUUUCCAAAGAAGAUAAAUCAUCUAAACAGAAUGAAGAUGCAAAGAAAUCAUCUAAAGAUCUUUCUAAACAAAACGAAGAAGGAAACUCUUCAAACAAAGAUAACAACAAACUUAAUGAUGACGCAAACUCAUCGAAGAAAGAUCUUUCCCUUCAAAUUGAUGCAGACAAGUUAUUAAGUAAAGAUGAUUCCAAACAAAAUGAAGGAGAAAAUCAAUCAAACGAAGCAAAUUCAUCAAAGAAAGAUAUUUCUAAAGAAAAUAACAAUGACAAAGGAGAUUCAAAGAAAGAUUUAUCAAACAAAGAUAAUGAAGAUCAAAUUGAUUCAAACGCAGAAUUAAAUAAUAAAGACCUUAAUAACAAAGAAGGAAAUGACAAUGACAAAGAAAAUGAAAAUGCAGCAACAUCAUCAAAGAAGUCUCUUAAUAACAAUGAAAACCCUGAAAACAAGAAGAGAAAGAAACACAGAAGAUCAAAAGCCAAAGCAAAUGAAGAUGAAAAUGAAAACGAAGGAGAUAAAGAGAAAGAACUUGAAAAUGAAGACAAAGAACAAGAAAACGAUGAAGAUGCUGAUGGCUCAAGAAAGAAGAGAAAGAGAAGGAGGAAGACAGGAAACAAUGAGCCAGAAGAAGAACCAUCAAUCAACAAAGUUGCAGUUUCAUUAGCAGGAGACACAGAAGAAGGCGAAAAUGAUGAAAACAAACUUGAUAAUGAUGAAAAAGAUUUGAAGAUGCCUAAAUUAGAAAUCAAGCCAACGAAAGACGAGGAUCAAAUGGAAGAAUACAAAGAUGAAAACGGAAACAUCAAACUUCGACCAAGAUCUAAACCAAAAUACCAAAUCAUUGAUUCACCACAAGAUAAAAACGAAGAUGACGAUGACUACGAAGAACUCGAUCCUGUUCCUAAACGAUCUUAUAAAUAUUGCAUCAGAAAGCCACGAAACAACAAUAACAAUGACGACAAAGAUGAUAUUGAACCAAAGAACAACUUUAAUAUUUUGCCAGAUAUCAAAUCAACUGUUGACAAAGACAAAAACAAUAAAAACAACAAGAACAAUCAAAAUAAUAAACCAAAGAACAACAAAGAUGAUAAAAGCAAUAAGAACAAUAAAAAUGAAAAUGAUGAAGGAAAAGGAGUCAAAGAUUCACCAUCAAAGUCAAUGUUUUCGUCAUUCCGAUCUCCUAAGAAAGGCAAGACAGAAGAAGAGUUUUUAGCAGAAAAAGCUAAACGAAGGAAACACAGAAUUCAUUUAACAGAUGAUCAGAAAGAACAACUUAGGAAAGAUCCAAAAUCCAUUCCUAAAGUCAAACUGAUCAAGAAAUACAAGUCACCAAGUGUUCCAGAUGGUGUUCGUGUAGAUGAAAUUGAUACAUUGAUGUUAAAUGACGAAGAAGAAGAUAAUGACGAAAUUAACGAUUAUCAUCCACAAGAUUCUCUUCAAAUGAGUCCUCCAGUUUCUCCACGUGAUACUCCUCUCCAACAAUCAAAAGUUCCAGACUCAAUAUUGCGCACGCCUACAUCACCAACAGAUGAAGCUUUCAAACGCCAUAUUGUUCGUAAAACAAUGUCCCAUAAAAUCGACAGAGCUCGAUUACGUCUCAAAAUCAACGACGCCAUUGUCGACAUCCAAGCAUAUGACGAAGAAAUUGCAGAUCUUGCAAUGCAGUUGAAACUUCUUGAGUUCGAAGCCAAACAGAGAAACGAAAACAAAUCUAACUGCUCUAUUGAUUCAUUCAAUUAUUCCAUUCGUACUGUUGCUCCAAAGUGUGAUGUGUCAGUCAACACAGACAUGUCGUUGAGAGACUUGAACAGCAAGAAGAGCAAGAUUGCAGAGAACAACAACCAGAUAUCUACAUCACGAUCGAACGAAGCAAUCAUCAGAGUUGAACGACGCCGAUUGCAAGAAAAACGAGAAGUUCUUGAACUUCGAAACAAAGAAAACGAAGAAUUGUCAAACGAAGUUACUAAACUUGAUAAUUAUAUUGAUCGAUACCGUGCGGGCAGUGAUUACAUCUCACCAGAACAUCAGCAGCGCAUCAAUGUUGAACAAGAGAUCAACAACAUGAAACAGAUGACAUCACAACUUGAACAGCAAAUUAAAGAACUUGGUCCUGUUGAGAAGAAGUUGAGAUGCAAAGUUGAGGACUUGAGAUGGAUAUUAGAUAACAAGAACAAAGAACUUGCAGAAGAACGAAGGAAAGGAAAGCCAGAUGUUCCUAAGCUGUGGAAAGUUCUUGAGUCUAACAAAGCAAUGGAGAAAACAGCUAAAGAACGAGUCAAGAACUUCCAACAAGAGAUCGAUGAAUUGUCUAAGAUGAUUGACGACAAGAGUUCUACAUAUUCCGAAGAAAACGUCAAUCUUGCAAAGCAAGAACUAGAGAAGUCGAAAGAAGCAUGCGAACGUAUGGAACAAUUAGUUCGUGACAAGUUUUCGCCAAAAGAGAUCAAUGACGAAUUAAUCAACUCAAGUGUUAUUAAUGAAUACAACGAACAAAUCAAAGACUUGCAAAAUCAAAUCUUGAAUGUUGAUAAAGAAACUAAGAAGAUCUUAUCUCGAAUUGAUCGUGUUUCACGCACAUUAGUUUCACUUAAAGUUGCAGUUCCAGAACAUCCACUUUUUACUAAGAAGAUGUCUUAA